UUUCGUGGACAAUUCUAGCAAAAUGUUCAAGCUCGCAGUUUUCGCCGCCCUUCUCGCUUUCGUCGCCGCCAAGCCGAGCCUGGUUCAUGAAGCUCACGUUUCUCACGUACCGGCUGCCGUGAGCCACAGCCACAGGACCGACAUCAUCAGCAAUCCGAUCGUUGCCCAUACCGAAGUUGUUGCUCCAGUUGCCGUUGCACACGCUGCUCCAGUUGCUCACCACGUCGCUCACGUUGCACACGCUGCCCCGGUCGCCGUUGCACACGCCGCUCCAAUCGCCCACCACGUCGCUCACGUUGCCCACGCCGCCCCGGUUGCCGUUGCACACGCUGCUCCAGUCGCCCACCACGUCGCGCACGUCGCACACGCCGCUCCAGUCGCCCACCACGUCGCUCACGUCGCACACGCUGCUCCAGUCGCCCACCACGUUGCCCAUGUCGCACACGCUGCUCCACUCGCCCAUGUUGCUCACGUUGCGCACCACGUUCCUGCAGUCCAUCAUGCUUCUCCAUACGUAGCGCACGGACAUUUAGGAUACGCCAGUCAUUGGGGUCAUCAUGGUUACCUCUUGUAAGAAUAUACAGGCUGAUCUUUUGUUCUAAAUAUAUUGAUCAAUUCUUCAUUUUGUGCAUAAUAUACAACCAUACCAA